UGGCUGGGCUGCUGCCCCGGGGGCGCGCCGCUGACCGCCAGCGACGGAGUUCCCACGGGGCUGGCGCCCGACGAGCGCAGCCUGUGGGUGUCGCGCGUGGCGCAGAUCGCCGUGCUCUGCGUGCUGUCGCUCACCGUGGUCUUCGGCGUCUUCUUCCUGGGCUGCAACCUGCUCCUCAAGUCCGAGAGCAUGAUGAACUUUCUGGUGCAAGAGCGCCGGCCCUCCAAGGACGUGGGCGCCGCCAUCCUGGGGCUGUACUGAGCGCCGCCACGGCCACCCCAGACCGCGCAGCAGUAGGAAGGGAGGCCAAGACCCUCGUCUCCCUCUCCCUGCUCUGCCGACAUCUCCGGGCGGGCAGUGCGAGGGGCAGCGACGUGCCUCGGGUGCUCGGAUCUGGGGACACCGCGGGACUCGAAGCGACGGCGCGGGAAGGGACUUCCACUUCCGGCUCGGUCUUGUGUGCGCUGCAGCGUUUGCGGUUGGGAUGAGGGUUCUUAACAAUAUUUUUUUUAAAAAAAGAAGUUCGGGACGGGGUGGGAGUAGGUGUGGGGUCCAGGUUGGGGCCGAGAUCACCGGCGUGGGAGUUUUGUGUGCACGUCGUUGGGGGCUGUGUGGCGGCUGGUUACUAGCAGGGCAGAGAGAGUGGCGGGAGAAUCGGGGUCUGCGAGCUCCCUGGCCUGAUUCUGCAACUGAAAAGAAACCUUGGAAUA